GGACGCUCAGACCGAAGGAAGGCAGGAAGGCUUGAGGGAGAACCUUGAGGACAUGCUGCGUCUCCUGCAAACUUCUCAGCAAGCAAAGCGCGGCGGAGCUGGAAGGACAGCGGAGAGGAUGAGGAUGUAAAGAGGAGCAGAGCAAAGAUCACAGGAGAGCCCUUCACUCCUAUUGAUCCUGCAUCGAGGAGCCCUGCUGUAACGAUGCGGGCAGCUCUAACCUUGCUGACCAUUUUCCUCAGCUGGGACUUCCUGUCGGCUCAGUCCAAAUCAGACCGAAUAAAUAACACCAACGUUCAGACCGGUGGAACUGGGCUGAAGACCAGGAAGCAGCCGCACAUCAUCUUCAUCCUGAUUGACGAUCAAGGCUUCAAUGACAUUGGUUACCACAACCCCACCAUCAAGACCCCAACCCUGGACAAACUGGCAGCAGAGGGGGUGAUACUGGAAAACUACUAUGUUCAACCCAUCUGUACUCCAUCACGAAGCCAACUCAUCACUGGCAGAUAUCAGAUCCACACAGGAUUACAGCACUCUAUUAUCAGACCCAGGCAGCCGAGCUGUUUGCCCUCAAACAUGGACACCCUGCCUGAGAGGCUCCGCGAGGCUGGCUACGCCACACACAUGGUCGGGAAGUGGCACCUGGGCUUCUACAGGAAAGCCUGUCUGCCCACCAGGAAAGGUUUUGACACUUUCUUCGGUUCCUUAACGGGAAGCGUGGAUUAUUACAGUUACAGAUCUUGUGACGGCCCUGGUUUGUGUGGCUACGACCUCCAUGAUAAUGAGAACGUAGCAUGGGGCCGGGAAGGAAAAUACUCCACGACGCUGUUCACCCAGAGAGCCCGAAAGAUCCUGGAGAGUCACAGCCUGACGGACAGGCCGCUCUUCCUGCUGCUUUCCCUGCAGGCAGUCCACACCCCUCUGCAGCCUCCCAAGUCCUACAUCUAUCCCUACCGGGACAUGGCUAACGUUGCCAGGAGGAAGUUCGCUGCCAUGGUCUCCACGGUGGACGAGGCGGUCCGAAAUGUCACCUACGCCCUCAGAAAGUACGGCUACUACAGGAACAGUGUGAUCAUCUACUCCACUGACAAUGGAGCCCAGCCGUUCACCGGAGGAAGCAACUGGCCGCUACGAGGCAGAAAGGGCACUUAUUGGGAGGGCGGAGUCCGUGGAGUGGCGUUUGUCCACAGCCCACUGCUGAAACGAAGGAGGCGGGUCUCCAAAGCUCUGCUCCACAUCACUGACUGGUUCCCUACACUGGUGGGACUGGCCGGAGGCAACAUAAGCCAGAGCCAGGGCCUGGACGGGUUUGAUGUUUGGCCCACCAUCAGCGAGGGGAAGGAGUCUCCGCGUAGAGAGGUUCUCCACAACAUCGACCCGCUGCACAAACAUCCGACUGAAACCAAGAGCCGGGGUGACCAGCCAGGAAAGAAAGCAGCUGCAGGGGGGCCAUCCAAAGGAAAGGCAUUUAAAAAGCCAAAGAAGAAGAAAAAGGUUUUGAAGCAGAAACCAAAUCAAAAGCCAGAGACCAAGUUAAAGACCACCAAGAAACCUCAGAUCUUCUCUAAUCCUGCUCCAAAGUCUAAAAAAUCAAAACCUGUUCCCAAAGUGGAGCUGAAACCCGGUCCAAAAACAAAACUGGCACCAAAAUCCAAGGCUAAACCCAAAUCCCAACAUCGGACCAAACUCCACAGCAAACCAAAGAUCCAGAGCAGUGGGACUCCGUCAGCAUCGGGUGCUUUCUGGCAUAAAUCUAAGACCAAAUCCAAGAGGACCACCUUACAGGACCACAACCUGUCUCAGUCUAGACCAGCUCAGACCAAAUCAAAGAAACAACUCAAAGUCCAGUUAAAGCCCAAGUCCAAACAGGCAUUGCUCCAGAACCAGUAUGAAACCCCCACACCCAGAACUCAGUCGCUACCUUCUCAAUUAUGGGACCCAUCUGUGCAGGCUGCCAUCAGGGUUGGAGACUGGAAGCUGUUAACAGGAGAUCCGGGUCAUGGAGACUGGGUUCCUCUGCAGAUGCUUCCCACUCUUCCUGGUCGCUGGUGGAACCUUGAACGUUCCUCAUCGCCUCUCUACAAAUCCCCCGCCCACAAAAACAUCUGGCUCUUCAACAUCACCGCCGACCCGUUCGAGAGGCAGGACCUGGCAGAUCAGAGGCCAGACGUUGUCCAGCAGCUGUUAGCCCGACUGGCCUACUACAACCAGACAGCUGUGCCGGUAUACUUCCCUCCGGACGAUCCCCGGGCCAACCCCAGCAGGCACGGAGAGGCCUGGGUACCCUGGGCCGACGAAGAGGAGGAGGAGGGAAAAUAUCAGGGGGUUUAUAAGAAAGGCAGGAGCACCAAGAAGAAGAGGAAGAAGACGACGUGCCGGCUGUGCAAGCUCAAAUCGUUCUUUAUGAAACUGAACACGGGGAUGAUGUCAAACGGUAUCUGAGGCGUCGGACGAUUGUAAUCUAGCGUUUAAAAUCAAUGUCAGAACUUGG